UUAAACGCUCGUGAGAAACGUGACGACUUGUUAUUAUGUCGUCAUCGCCGUUACAGCGCGCGCGUGUCUUCACAAAUUAACGGGGCUGUUCUCACGUUCCGGAGGCAGGAAAAGAGGAGGAGAAGGAAGAAAGAGAGAACAGUCAAAAGCCCUGGGAAAGAGUGCAGUGAGGAAGAGGACGGUGAACUGGAGGAGCUGAACAACUACACUGUCCCAGCACCCCUGCAGUAUUUGUGUGUAUGACGAUGGCCAGGCGGUCAUUCUCCGUGUUUGUAGUGGUGUGUGUGUUGGCUGUGUGUGUGUGUCUGAGUGUGUGUGAGCCCAUCACUUUGCGUCUUGCUGGAGAGAAGCGUAAACACUACGAAGGUCGAGUGGAGGUGUAUUACGGCGGAUCGUGGGGGACGGUGUGUGACGACGACUUCGACCUUAACGCCGCACAAGUAGUGUGUAGACAGCUCGGAUUCCUCGGUGCUGUCUCUUGGGUUCCGUCUGCUAAAUACGGCAAAGGAGAAGGUCCUAUCUGGUUGGAUAAUGUACACUGUAUAGGGAAGGAAGCAUCCAUCUCUGACUGUCAAUCAAACGGGUUUGGAGUUUCAGACUGUAAACACUCAGAGGACGUCGGAGUUGUGUGCACACAAAAGCGCAUCCCGGGAUUCAAACACAUUAGCGUUGACAGUAACGAUGGGGAGAUUCUGGAGGUGCGAGUGGAGGAUGUGCGCAUCAGAGCCACCUACUCCCACCGUAAACGUAUUCCAAUCACAGAAGGCUUUGUGGAAGUGAAGGAUGAGGGGAAGUGGAAGCAGGUCUGCAGUGAGAACUGGACUCCACAAAACAGCCGUGUAGUUUGUGGCAUGUACGGCUUCCCCGGAAAGAAGGGCUUCAACACUAAGGCCUACAAGCUUCUGUCUGAGCGUAGGAAGAAGAACUACUUUGGUUUCGCGGUGAACUGCACAGGAAAUGAAGCUCAACUGACCGAGUGCAAGAUGGGCAAACCUCUGAAAGGGUUGAAAAAUCUGAAUGCCACAUGUGGCCUUGGAAUGCCCGCCGUGAUCAGUUGUAUUCCUGGAAGAGCCUUUGCACCUACACAAUCCUUAGGAUUCAGGAAGGCCUACAGAGCAGAGCAACCUCUGGUGCGUCUACGUGGAGGGGCGAAGAUGGGUGAAGGUCGAGUGGAAGUGCUGAAGAAUGGUAUUUGGGGAACGGUGUGUGACGAUAACUGGGACAUGAAAGCCGCCAGCGUGGUAUGCCGAGAGCUAGGCUACGGCACUGCUAAAGAAGCACUGACUGGGGCACGAAUGGGGCAAGGAAUGGGCCCGGUGCACAUGAAUGAGGUGGAGUGCUCUGGCUUCGAGAAGUCUCUGACAGAGUGUUACUUUAACAAAGAAUCUCUGGGUUGCAGUCACGAGGAGGACGCGGCUGUGAAGUGUAACAUUCCUGCCAUGGGCUUCCACAACAGGUUGCGUCUGAGCGGAGGCAGGAACCCGUACGAGGGGCGUGUGGAGGUGCUGGCGGAGAGGAACGGCUCGAUGGUGUGGGGAACCGUGUGCAGUGACAGCUGGGGAAUCAUGGAGGCCAUGGUGGUGUGCAGACAGCUUGGGUACGGCUUCGCUAAUCACGCCUUCCAGGAGACAUGGUACUGGCAGGGGGAGGUCGGUGCUGAUGCUGUAGUGAUGAGUGGAGUUCGGUGUUCAGGCACAGAGAUGAGUCUCGCUCAGUGUCUCCAUCAUGGGAAACACGUUACAUGCCCAAAAGGAGGAGGAAGAUUUGCUGCUGGAGUCUCCUGCACUGAGAGUGCCCCAGACCUGGUGCUAAACGCAGAGGUUGUUGAACACACUACGUAUCUGGAGGACCGUCCGCUGUACGCUCUGCAGUGCGCUCAUGAGGAGCAGUGUCUCUCCCAAAGUGCCAACUCAGCAGACCCGUCUUCAUACAGACGGCUAUUGCGCUUCUCCUCUCAGAUCCACAACAAUGGCCACAGCGACUUCAGACCCCGCACCGGACCCCACGCCUGGGUGUGGCAUGACUGUCACAGGCAUUACCACAGCAUGGAGGUUUUCACUCACUACGACCUUCUGAGUUUGAAUGGCACUAAAGUUGCUGAAGGGCACAAAGCCAGCUUCUGUCUGGAGGACAGCGAGUGUGUUGAAGGAAUACAGAAGCGUUAUGCCUGUGCUAAUUUCGGGGCUCAGGGGAUCACUGUGGGCUGCUGGGACACAUACAGACAUGACAUCGACUGCCAGUGGAUCGACAUCACUGACAUCAAACCUGGAGAUUAUAUAUUCCAGGUUGUAAUUAACCCUAAUUAUGAGGUAGCUGAGUCUGAUUUCACUAAUAACAUCAUGAGGUGUAAAUGUCGCUAUGAUGGAUAUCGGAUCUGGACUUAUAACUGCCAAACAGGUGGCUCUCGAAGUUCAGAUGUGGACGAAUAUACAGGAUUAAUGACCAAUCAGCUUCAGCGCAGGUAGAAGUCUAGCCAAAGUGAGGAAAGUGAAGAGUGGAGUGAAGCCCAGACGGACUUCUAACACGAGAAGAGAUCCAACCACUAGAGGAGGCAUGCUGACGUGACCAUCCUGCACCUAUCGAUACUUUGUUUACUGUCUAUAAGAUGCGACAUCUGUCAUUAUCCCUGUACACCACCUUCAUCACAGCUCUACACCCGUAUCCCAGUCGACACAUGACCAACAGCAUGGAGAACAGCACAGGAAACCCAGCUUCUCAUCUUGAUAGUAAUUUAUUGCAUUAGAGAAUGCAGUCUGGUAAAAUAACACGCUCCAGAGUGCCUGUUAGCUUAGUGUGUAAUAGAUUUUUUUAAAUAGAAUUGGCAUAGUGAUGUCUUUCUCAGCAACCAAAGAGUUUUGAUACAAAGAGUUUUGCAGUAAAAUGUUCAAAUCGUGCCAAAAUAUAGGCGAUCAACCAAGAUUUUUUUUGCUUUUUGUUUUGCACUGGAUCUUAACGCUAACAAGUAAGAGAAUUUCCUUCCUGAAUCUGAUGCUGGUGCUGAGUAAGAACUAAAACUGUGAUAAGGAUAACCGAUCUCACAAUAUACAGUAAUAUACCUGACCUUUCUGUGGCACAUGAUGAGAUGAAGGGUUUGUUUUCACAAAUUUUACCACAAUUUUUUUUUUACUCGUCAGCUGAUUCGACUUGUAGCUCCAGUGCAAAUUGAUUGCAAAAUGUUGUGUUGAUCACAUGCACAAACACUACGCUAUACGUCGGUGCGAUGUUUACAUCUAAGAGACGCUUUACCCAAGGCUCACAAUUAUUACUCCUCCCCUUCAUAUUAGGAGACACGUACUGUACUUGAAAUUAGGCAUGUGCCAAUAUUAAAGCUCCAUAUUGCAAUAAAUGUUUUAGAAAAACAACAAACAUCUCUUAACAGCCACAAUGUAUAAACACAGCAUGUUAGCUCUUCGUACUAAAAACUCUCAACCACAGCAAACUAGUAAACUUCAGCUAGCAACUUAUGCUACUAUGCUGUAUUCUGGAAACAACUUUUAACUAUCUUUAGCUGCGGAUCAAUUGUUCAUCGUGAUUUUCAGCACAUGCCUACUUGAAAACAAACUGUAACGUCUACUUUCUGUCUUCACAUGACAUCACGUGAUGCUAGUGCCAUGCCGCAAGCAAAACAUAGCGCUUUUGCAUGCUACUUUUCAUAUUUACUUGUAUUGCAUGUUUUUAUAAAAUUCUGCAGAUUUUAUAAGAACACCUGAUCAGCAAUGAUACCUUUUUCCACUCAGUCAGCUUUGUUAGCUAAAUUCAUUGAGCAUGCUUUGUAAUUUAUUCCUACAAGUCAGGGAUUUUUUUUUUUUUCAUUAUGAUAACUCAAGCAAUGUGGCACUAAAAUCUUUUUGCUGUUUUGUGAACUUGUGCCCUCCGUUUUAUGAGGGCGUUUACAGCCAUUCGAGCGGUUAGCGCAUCAUGAUGUGUUUACUGUUGAAUGUAUGAUUCACAUUGUGCCUUGUUUUCUACAAUAAAAACAUAUUUAUGAGUC